AUGACUGUUAUGAGUUCUUUCCUCCCUUUCCGGAUUCUCCUUCUCGCUUUCCCACUUUGUGUGUCUGGAUUCAUCAUAGAUCAGGUAACCCCCUUUGCAGGAAAAGCGACAGCACAUCAUAAGGGAAUGCGCAGAAGCAGCGUCCUCAAUUUGCACGUAAGGAAGGAAGACCCAUCUGUGCAGAACAAAAAUUGCGUACGGAUCGAAUUCCGCCCAGGAGUGGGGGGAGAAGAAGCGUUCCUCUGGUCAACGGAGCUCUUAAAUACGUACAAAGCAUUUGCGGAGAGGAUAAAUUGUCGCGUCGAACGAGUCCACGACGCCAGCGAGUCCCUCCUGGUGGUAUCCCCCUCCGAUGUGUGCAUAACCCAGGAGGGGUACGAAAUCAAAACGACUCUCUAUGAUCUGCUGAAAAAUGAGAGCGGCAUCCACCAAGUGAAGAGGGUUCCUCGGAAUGAGUCCAAGGGCAAAAUCCAUUCUUCCACGGCCACGAUUGCAGUUUUUUUGCAUGAAGAUGAACAGAAGAAAGAUGAAAUCAAUUUGAAGGACUUGAGGAUUACGACCUUCCGGUCUAGCAAGCCCGGUGGCCAGAACGUUAACAAGAUUGAAUCAGGUGUGUCUAUCUUGCACAAACCAACAGGGAUAAAAACCGAAUGUCAAGAGGAAAGAACUCAAGAAAUGAACAAAAAAAUUGCUAUGAAAAGGUUAAUUCAGAAAGUUUUACAAUUUCGGCAUAAGCAGAGUGAAGAAGAGCUCCGGGGCGAACGGGCCAAACUGAUAAAAGACAGUAGCCGGAGCAGUCGCAUCAGGACAUACAACUUUUUUAGGGGGUAUAUAACUGACCAUGUGAAGAAGCGGAAACUGGACUUGAUGUACUUCGUAAAGGUAAAGUUGGAGUUUCUAUUUAACGUGGAUCGGUAG